AUGGCUUUAGUCAAUGGUUGGAUAUUCAAUGUGCUGGAGCUUGGUAUAGUAGAUCUUGAUCUAUACGUCUCUCCGGACUAUGAUUAUCAACUGCUUUCUAAGGUUUUGAUGAGCAAGACAUUGGUUAGGCUGAGAGUAGAAGGUAUAGAUUACCUCAACACUGAUGUGGGAGAUUUUUCUCUUCCAAAGCUUAAGACCUUGUAUCUUGAUGAUGUUGCACUCGAACAAGUGAUAUUACACUAUGAUACUCCAUUUGACGAUGAUGUGAGUACAGUAUCAACUGCACUUCAGAUGCUUGAAAAAGUAGCCUCAACCAAAUGCAAGAUUCAAGUAAUCUCUGAUAACGCUUUUCAUCUACGGUGCACUCUUUGUCAUUGCAAAAUGGACUCGUCUUCAUCAAAACCACCUUUCCGGUCUGAAGAUUGUACUCUGCCAUCUCAGAGAAGUUUAGCAAAGCUUUGGUUGUUAGUUUUGGCUUAA